AUGGCGAACAUGUUUAAAGUUUAUUACGAGAAAAUGGAUCUUAAAAAUCUAGACCUCAAGAAGCACAUUGAAACGCAUCAAAAUAAAGACGUUACUUCUUCACAAGGUGGCUUUAAUUUUGAUGUCAGGAGACAGAGAACAAUUAGAGUACCUGACAUUUCUUUCACUCCAAAACAAACAGAUCGCAGUUUAAACACGCUACAAAAUUGGACCUUCCAAGGUCAACCCUUUACCCCAAUAUUUGUUAUUGAGGUUAGUUUUAUUGAAAGUAAUUCAACGCUCCAAGUAUUUGAUGAUAGAUUUAGAAAUGAACUCUUUGCACUGGGAACAUCUGUGGAGUUAGGAUUUCUGAGAAAGAUAGAUAUCAGGAUUAACGGUCGGGAGAUUCUUUUAGGCUUCGAAUUGAAUGUUAGGAUGAUUGAAAAAGCUAUUUCACAACAAGAUUCAGAUUCAUCAUCGUCAGAUGAUGAUACUAGAUUUUCUUAUCUUAAAUGUACGGAAACCUUUACUAAUAAUCACAGAUUUAUAAAGCAUUUUCAAAUAGAACAUGCACUUAAGGCACGUACCUAA